AUGCCUUUUGUGAACGAUGCCGAUUACCGCCAGCCGGAUGCUCUGAUUCGGAGUAUUCUGCAACAAGACAAGUCCAUGCCAAUUGCUAUUGUGGGCAUGGCUUGUCGCUUUCCUGGAGAUGCUACCAGUCCCGAUAAGCUCUGGAAGCUCGUGGCUGAAAAGCAAGCAGCUUGGAGCGAGAUCCCCAAGGAUCGAAUGAAUGUUGAUGCUUUUUAUCAUCCAGACGCCGAACGAGCCGGAAAUAUGAAUGCUCGAGGAGGACAUUUCUUGAAACAGGACCUUGGGGCUUUCGAUGCCUCGUUCUUUUCAAUUUCGCCCACUGAAGCAAAAAGUAUGGACCCCCAGCAGCGACUUCUCCUAGAAACUGUCUACGAGGCCAUGGAAAGUGGUGGUAUGACACUCGAGAAUGUCGCAAAUACCAUGACAAGCUGUUACGUGGGUUGCUUCUCCCACGAUUACUAUGAUAUGGGCGAUCGCGAUGCGGACAUUGCACCAAUUCACUCCUCCACCGGUAACUCAUCAUCAAUCUUAUCCAACCGCAUCAGUUACUUCUACAACCUCAAAGGUCCAAGUCUGACCAUGGACACCGCUUGCAGCAGUGGUUUGAUUGCCAUGCAUCUGGCUUGUCAAAGUCUGCGUGCCGGUGAAAGCAAACAAGCCGUGGUCGGUGCCACCAAUCUGAUGUUUAUGCCGGAUAUCUUUUCGACCAUGUCGAAUCUGCAUUUUCUCAGUCCGGAUUCAAUAUGUUACAGCUAUGAUAAUCGUGCAAAUGGCUAUGCGCGUGGUGAGGCAGUUACCGCUUUGAUUCUCAAGCCACUUGAAGAUGCAAUUCGUGAUAAUGACUCCAUUCGUGCGGUGGUGAGAGGCAGCGCCUGCAACCAGGAUGGAAGAACUUUUGGUAUUACGCAGCCAUCUCCGGAGGCUCAAGAGGAACUUAUCCGAACGGCAUACCGUGACGCUGGCCUUGAAUUUGACCAAACCGAUUAUUUCGAGGCCCAUGGCACAGGAACCCAGGCCGGUGAUCCAAUUGAAUCCAGCGCUAUAGGCGCUACGUUGGGGAAGACUCGUCCUCUGGAUAAGAAAGGGAAGAAGAUACCCUUGUACGUGGGCAGUGUAAAGACAAACAUUGGCCAUACAGAGGGUGCUAGUGGUCUAGCUGGUCUCAUCAAAGCUGUGAUGGCUCUUGAGCGAGGUUCAAUUCCUCCCAAUAUCCGCUUUGGAUCGCCGAAUCCGAAGAUUGACCUUGAAGGAUGGAAUCUCGAGGUCCCUACGGAAGUGAUUCCUUGGCCGCGUGAAGGCCAACGUCGCGCAAGUGUAAAUUCGUUCGGCUUCGGUGGAUCCAACAGUCAUGUCAUUAUUGACGAUGCUUACCAUUACCUCCUCAGCCGUGGCCUGCGAGCUGGCCAUAGAACCUCUCCAAAGGCUUUCCUGGACGUCAAUCGUACUAUCGCCAGCGGAAAUGAGAGUCGCGGAGCCCUCACGCUCCGAGGAAACGGCUUCAUGAGCAAGCAAAGCAGGGUUAGCAACAGCCUUUCCGAUAGCCUCACCAGCCAUGUAAUUGAAGCAAAUGAACGCUACCGUAUCUUCAUGUGGUCAACUCACGAAGAGAGCAUCGGGGCCCUAAACAAUACCGCUUACGCCAAGCACCUUACUGAGCGUCAGAUCACCGACGAAGAAGCUUUCUUGGACAAUCUGGCAUACACACAAUGUGCCCGCCGAUCUUUACUGGAAUGGCGAUCAUUUCUCGUCGCAAACUCCAUAUCUGAUUUGAAAGACAAGAUCCUGAACACCCACCAGAAGCCUGUCCGGGCACCAACCAAAGCCCAAAGGCUAGGAUUCGUUUUCACCGGCCAAGGAGCGCAGUGGCAUGCUAUGGGUCGUGAGCUCAGUCGAUACUCUGUUUUCCAUUCCCGCAUUCUGGAAUCAGAUCUGUUCAUCACGAAGCUGGGUGCAGAGUGGUCCGUGAUAGAGGAGCUGGAGAAAAACGAGAAGGAGUCACGUAUCAACGAAUCUCUCUUCAGCCAAACUCUGUGCACGGUCGUGCAGAUGGCUCUCGUUGAUCUUCUUGCUAGUUGGGGUAUCCGCCCUCACAAAGUCAUUGGGCACUCUAGUGGUGAGAUUGCCGCGGCUUAUGCUGCUGGUAUCUUACCAGCGGAGUCUGCUAUUAAAGCUGCAUACUUUCGUGGUGUGUACUCGUCUGCAAAGGACCUGCUGUCCGCCAAUGGAGGUAUGAUGGCCGUCGGACUUUCGGAGGAAGAGGCCAAGAAGAAGAUUGCCGCACUGGACCCAUCUACUGGAAAGGCAGUUGUGGCUUGUAUCAAUAGUCCCACCAGUGUCACUAUCUCUGGAGAUCGCCUUGCGCUGCACAAUCUUAGUCAGUCGUUACACGAUGAGGGAAUCUUCGCCCGGUCCCUCAAGGUCAGCACCGCGUACCACUCACACCACAUGGACCUGGUUGCGGACGACUACGCGCAAUCCAUUGCGGAUAUGAGAGUUGACCCUGUCUCGGAUAUCGAAAUGUUUUCCACUGUGACUGGAGCUCUUGUGACGGCCACUGAUGUCCUGGGGCCCGAGUACUGGCGCAAGAACAUGGUGUCUUGUGUUCGCUUCAACGAUGGCCUACAGUCCCUCUGUACUUCUCAACCCAAUGCUAAGAGAGCACGCCGUCGUGCAGGGGUAACCGUCGACAUACUUCUGGAGAUCGGCCCUCACGCCGCUCUCGCUGGCCCCGUGAAGCAGAUCCUUCGUGUCGCUGCGCUGGAAAAGGCUGAGAUCAGUUACCAGUCCGUUCUUUCACGCGGACAAGAUGCCUGUGAGACUUCCCUACAAGCCGCAGCAUUUCUCUUUGCCAAGGGUCUACCCGUGAAACUUUCCAAGAUCAACGAUCCAGACAACAUUGCAAAGCCCCAGGUGAUUGUCGACCUCCCUGCUUAUUUCUGGAACCAUCGCAAACGUCAUUGGCACGAGUCUCGUCUGGCUUUGGAGCACCGAUUCCGUCGUCACGCACGAACAGAUUUACUUGGAUACCCUGUCAGUGAUUGGAACCCCAUGGAGCCGCGUUGGAGGAAUUUGCUUAGGCUUCGGGAGCAACCUUGGAUUAAGGGACAUAGCGUCCAGGGGUCUUACAUCUACCCAGGAAUGGGCUAUAUUUGCAUGGCUAUCGAGGCGAUGCAUCACAUGAAGGACUUCCCUGAGUACGUUACCCCGGCUGGAGAGUUGGUUGGAUACCGCCUGAAGGACAUCAAGAUCAGCCGUGCAUUGGUGAUCCCAUCCAACGAUGAGAUGGUGGAGACACUAUUCUCUAUGCGUCACUACAAAGAAAGUAGCUCAACAUUCUCCAAUAUCUGGUACGAGUUUCGUAUCUUCUCAUACAACUCUGGGAUCUGGCUAGAGCAUGCCCACGGAUUGAUUUCUGCUGUUCACGAAGUGAACCCAGCUGCACCAAAAAACAACUUGCCCUACCUACCCGAAUUGGAGAGAGUUAUGGCUGCGGCCAACCUUUCAGGAUCCUGCUCAGCUGAGAAUAUGUACAAAAUGAUGGAUGAAGUGGGACUGAACUUCGAACACCCUUUCCGGAACAUGAUUGGCGAGCUCAAGUCCAACCCCGGCGAGGCUCAGGGUGCCAUUGCAGUACCUAAUACCAAGGAAUUGAUGCCUCAUGACUAUGAAUACCCCCACCUCAUUCAUCCUGCUACCAUGGAUGCUUUCGUUCAAAUGAUAUUCCCGGCUUUCUUGCAUGGAAAAAAUGCCUGCCCAGCUGCCUUUGUCCCUGUGUCUUUUGAGGAGCUUUUCAUCUCAACAGACGUCGCGCAAGGACCUGGGAGUACUUUCAAGUGUGCUACUACUGCAGUUCCCAGUGGUCGUCGAGAAUUGAAGACUGAGGUACUAGUUACCGAUGAGACUACGGGUAAACCAGUCGCUGGGUUUAAAGGCAUGGGUUGUAGCAGACUUGAUACCGCAUCCGCCGAAAGUCAGGAUGAGAAUGCUUCUCUUCGUAAGCUCUGCUUCCACUCGACUUGGAAGCCUGAUCCUAUUUUGAUGCCUCGCGAAUUGACCGACCGCAUGAUGUGUCAAUCUCUCCCUCCGGUUGAGAACUCAUCUCGUGUUUCUGAUCUGGAAGCUAUCGCCUACUACUUCUACUACAAAGCACUCCAAAGUAUCCGUGAAGAGCAGGUAUCCACCCUGAAGCCUCACUUCCGCAAGUUCUACGAGUAUCUGCAGCACCAACGUGAUUUGGUGAUGGCUCAUCAGCUCCCCCACCAGACUGCCGAAUGGCAACAACUCGACGACCCUCUCAUUGUCGCAAAGAUGGAGGCACUAGCUGAACGUCUGCAGCCAACCGAUGUGGACUCCGAGAUUCUUUGCCGCGUUGGACGGCAGCUGGACAAGAUCUUGUUAAGUGAAGCUGACCCACUGGCUAUCAUGCUAGAAGAUGACCGGUUGUAUCAGUACUAUGGCCGCAUGAUCCCAACAACCACUCUUCACCAAUAUGCCACCCUGCUCUCCAACAAGAACCCCGAUAUGGAAGUUCUGGAGAUAGGGGCAGGUACAGGUGGUGCCACAGAGAGUAUUCUGGAUGCUAUGGGAGGCAACAAGGGACGCUACCCUCGCUUCAAGUCGUAUACCUUCACCGAUAUCUCAUCUGGGUUUUUUGAACAAGCUCAGACAAAGUUCAAAGACUGGGAAGCCUUGAUGGACUUCCGUCGCCUCAACAUCGAAGAAGACCCUGUCGAGCAAGGCUUCGAGAAACAGUACGACCUGGUCGUUGCUGCCCUCGUCCUUCACGCUACCGCAAACAUUGACAAGACAGUCGAGAACACUCGCAAGCUCUUGAAGCCAGGUGGUCGUCUUAUCAUGGUCGAGAUUUCAAACCCACUGAACCAAGUCUUCUUGCCUUUCGGCUGCACUCCUGGCUGGUGGAUGUCAGAGGAAAGCUAUCGCAAAUGGGGCCCUACCAUGGGGGAGGAUUUGUGGGGAGCGGUUUUGAAGCGUCAUGGGUUUGGUGAUUUCACUUUAGGAGCUCCAAAUAAUUUGGAUGCUCAGGACGAGAUAGGUCGUGUGUGGUCGUGCGUCGCUAUCGACCCUGCGAUUGAGGAAACACAAGACCCGGAAGUCAGCUCAGUUAUCAUCAUAACCGAUGAUGUUGUCUCCGACUCAUCCGAGGCUCUGAUGAAGACGAUUGAGCAACGAGUGAAUAAGAUGGGUCUUGCUGUACAAACAGUCCCGCUCUCUCGCAUUGCGGAAACCCCCCUUGAAAAUACAUUCUCCAUCUCAAUUGCUGAGCUCGACCGCGCAAUCAUUUGUGAUCUGAAUCAAGCUGAAUUUGAUUCAUUGCAGCACCUGCGAACAGGCAAAGCCCUGCUGUGGAUAUCCGAAGGAGCGAAUGGUACUUCCAAAAAUCCUAACCGUGCGCUCUUCCAUGGACUUGCACGUACUUUGCGUACGGAGUAUGAGAGUCACAAGUUGAUCACCGCCGAUUUCGCAAAGAUUGACCGUCAAGAGCCUGAGGAUGCUGCAAGCAAUGUGCUUGGUUUGUUCGAGUUCUUGUUAAGGAACCCUCAGUCUCGGGAAUGCGAGUUUUGGUUCGAGCAUGGUUGCUGGCAGAUCAACCGAGUCAUCGGAGUGCCGGAAGUCAAUCGUAUGAUUCAUGACAGUGUCUCGGGAGAUGCAGCGCAGCACCGGAAAAUCGAACAACAGCCUUUCUAUCAGACGGGCCGUCCAUUGAAGCUCAAUAUCAAGACUCCCGGUCUGCUCGAUACCUUGGUGUUUGAGGACGACACCCGCCUUGAUGAGCCUCUGGCUCCUCACGAUGCAGAGGUAGAGGUCAAGGCAUCCGGUGUCAACUUCCGAGACAUCAUGAUCAGCUCCGGCCAAAUGACUGACAAUGCAUUGGGCUUUGAAUGCUCCGGGAUUGUCACUCGCAUUGGUAGUGAGGUCGACAAUGUCAAAAUUGGCGAUCGAGUUACCGUCUGGAGUCGCAACACUUACUGUAACUAUCUGCGCAACGAUGCCCGAGUGAUGCAACGUAUCCCAGACGAUAUGAGUUUCGAGGUUGCUGCUGCUAUUCCCAUUGUCUUUGCCACCGUUGUAUAUGGGUUUUCAGACAUGGCUCACCUAUCCAAGGGCGAGUCGGUGCUUAUUCACGCAGCUAGUGGCGGCGUUGGCCAAGCUGCCAUCAUGUAUGCUCAAAUGGUAGGUGCCAAUGUCUUUGUGACAGUGGGGACUCAGGCGAAACGGGACCUUGUACAUCGUGAGUUCGGUAUCCCCGAUGACCACAUCUUCAACAGCCGUGAUCUCAGCUUUGCACGCCAGAUCAACGAGGCAACUGGUGGACGUGGUGUUGAUGUUGUGCUGAACAGUCUGGCCGGUGAGGCUCUCAGUGCCACCUGGAGCUGCAUUGCAAUGUUUGGCCGCUUCAUUGAGAUUGGUAAAAAAGACAUCAUUGAGAACCGUCUUCUGAAUAUGGCUCCGUUCGUUCGCAACGUCAGCUUCCAUGCACUUGACCUGAACACAGUGCGCUGGUGCAAUGUGCCCCUUGCAUCUAGACUCCUGGCUGAGGCCAUGGACUUGAUCCGAUCCAAGAAGUUGCGCCCUAUCCAAUCGGUGAAGACCUUCAAUUUCUCCCAAAUUGAAGAGGCAUUCCGUUUCAUGCAAGCCGGCAAACACGUCGGAAAGGUCGUUGCGGUGCCAAAUGAGAAUGACAUUGUCCCGGCCUAUCCCGUGGCUCCCCGUCCUCUCACUCUGUCCCCAGAUGCAUCAUAUCUGAUUGCUGGGUUUGGGGGUAUUGGCCAAAGUCUUGCCCGCUGGCUAGCUGAGCACGGCGCUAAAAACCUGAUUUUUGCCUCCAGAUCCGGGGCCAAGCGACCCGCUAUGAAGCAGCUUAUUGAGGAACUCGAGGAACUCAAAGUGCGCGUUGAGCCUCUUUCUGUGGAUGUUACUGAUGGCCAGGCCUUGAAAUCGGAGCUGCAGCGAAUCGCUACAUACAUGCCACCAAUCCGUGGCAUGAUCCAAGCUGCUAUGGUUUUGGACGAUCAGAUCUUCGAAAACAUGUCACUAGACAGCUUUAACCAUGCUAUUCGCCCCAAGGUUGAUGGGACCUGGAAUCUCCACGAAGCUACCAUCGGUCAGCCAGUGGACUUCUUUGUGAUCCUAUCCUCUGCGGUUGGAGUCCUUGGCAACCCUGGGCAGGCAAACUAUAGCGCCGGCAAUACUUACCAGGAUGCUUUGGCAAGCUACCUACGGUCCAUUGGACGGCCCGCCACCGCCAUUGAUCUGGGUCUUAUGAUUGAUGUUGGUGCAGUAGCGGAGGAGGAAAGCGGAGUAAAAUUGCGCAACCUGAAGCGAAAGGGGUAUGUUGGUGUCACCGAAGCCGAACUACUUGCCAGCAUGGGGCUAGUCAUCCAGGGUAUUCAGAAAGAGCAUACGUCGGUUAUCAUCGCUGGCAUGGAUGCCAGCGAAGGUGGAAGUGAGGUCUUUUGGAUGUCGAACCCGAUUUUCUCGCACCUUUCCAAGCUAGACAUAUUGUCCUCGAGCGGCUCAAAGGAUCAAAAUACGCGAUCUACGCUUUCUCUGCUGAAAGAAGUUGACAACUUUACUGAUGCUUCCGGCAUCGUUCUGGAAGCUAUCCGGGCGAAGCUCAGCCGCAACCUGAUGAUAGACAUGGCUGAGUUGGAUCCCCACCGUCCAACCAGCGCCUUUGGUAUCGACAGUCUUAUUGCCGUUGAAUUACGCAACUGGUUCCAAAAGGAUAUGAAGGUGGACUUCCCUGUCUUUGAAAUCUUGCAGGCAUCUAGCUUGCAGAGUCUUGCCUUCAAGGUUGCCGAGCAAAGUGGUUUCGCUGAUGGAUCCAAGGAAUAA